AAUUCGAAAACACUUGCCAAGUUGCGAAGAAAUAGUCGCGCGCGCGCGUGUGUGUGUUUGUGUGUUUGUGCGCGGUGCUGUGAAAUCGAAGAAAAAUUGCUUCGGUGGCUAUCGUUAAUGGCUGCCUGUUAAUCGAUCGCAGAUCGAACAAGAGAAAUCAGCACGUGCGCGAUCCGAUGGAUUAGCCAAAGAAGACGGAGAAGCAGGAAGACGCGGUCGCAGAUGCCAGCGGUGUCGUGCAGCAAGUAGAGGCAAGAAAUUCCUAGAUCAGCCGUCUUCAGCGAUGAUCGGCUCGUCGACUCCAAUGAUCGAUCGCGCGGAUCCUUACGAGGCCGUGGUCAAUACCUGCUACGAGGACCUUCUGCUGUUGGCCAACGACAGCGGCGUGCUCUGCGAAGGUUCCCGAUUCGCCGUGCCUGGAGUACGCAACGACACCGAUUUGGAUGGCGAACCGGUGAACGGAACAGGUCUGGACGUCGACGUCGACGGUUUGAAUAAUUGGUGGGCUAUGUUAGCUCUGGUCUUGGUCCUGGGCACCGCUGCUGGCAAUAUUUUAGUCUGCCUGGCUAUCGCCAGGGAAAGGCGGCUUCAAAACGUCACCAAUUACUUCCUGAUGAGCCUGGCGAUCACGGAUCUGUUGGUCGCUGUGCUCGUGAUGCCUCUUGGGAUUCUUACGUUGGUCAGAGGAUACUUCCCUCUGCCGUCAGUUUACUGCCUCGCGUGGAUCUGCCUGGACGUAUUAUUAUGUACGGCGAGCAUCAUGCAUUUGUGCACCAUAAGCGUGGACCGGUACCUGAGUCUACGGUACCCGAUGAAAUUCGGCCGGAAUAAAACCAGGCGGCGGGUCAUGCUGAAAAUCAGCUUCGUCUGGGUACUGAGCAUCGCCAUGAGCCUGCCUCUCAGUCUCAUGUACUCGAAGGAAGACGACUCCGUGCUGGUGAACGGCGCGUGUCAAAUACCGGAUCCUCUGUACAAGUUGAUCGGCAGCAUAAUCUGCUUUUACAUACCACUGGGCGUGAUGUUGCUUACGUACGCUUUGACAGUCAGACUGUUGGCGAAGCAGCAACAGAAUAUAGGAGGAACUGCAGGUUGGUCCUCCGGAUGGCUGGGUGGCCCGCAGGGCCCACCCUCGGGAGGUUUAGACAGACGAGGGACCUGGAAGCGGUUCCUGUUGAGUAAAAGCUCGGCCGGAAGCGGCGGUACGCCGCAGCACACUUCCGGCACAUCGACGGACACCGAGCUGACAACGCUGGACACCCACGAACUCUGGCUUCCGGAAAGCGAACCGCCGCCGUCGGCGAUGUUCGCGCUUCACGCCUUUGGCGCCGAAAUGCUCAAGUUAUCCAGAGGUUUGGAGGGCAUCGCCAGCCCCGGAAGCCCUACUCCUAUGGGAACGCCAAGGUCGACGCCUCAACACUCGCUCCAACAUCAUCAGCAACAGCAACAAUUACAUCGGUGCAGCUUUCGACACGGGAGCGGAGAAAGCGGAAGCAGCGCGUCCGAUUCUCGAACGAGCCUCUCGAUACCGGAAGACCUAAGCUCGCCCACCCCGUGGAAGCAUCGGCGACGCGCGUCCACCUUCAACGAGGCUCAUUUGGAACGAGCGGAAUCGGGUUCGCCGAGAACACCCAGGAAACGAUCUUUCAGCUUCCACGAGCAGCCAGUGUUCGGCCGCGGUUCCGUUUCGCGGAAGAACUCGUCGAACGAGGAAACCUCGAGCACGCAGAGGAAGUCGAGCGAUAAACAGGAAGGCGAAAUCGCGUUACCACCGCCCUGUACCUGCCCCUAUUUCGGCGAAUCGUCCAAGAGACCACCUCCGCAACCAUCCAGCGAGAUCGUGAUCGUUUCCAGCGAUACCAUGAAGCCAAUCUCGGGGAAGAAUCUGGAGGCUGCGUUUCUCGGUAGAAGCAACAGCGGUAGAAUGGAGGCGAGCAGAAGCUACGAGCCAAAUUCUGUCGUCACGUGGAGGAGCGGCAGAAGAGGAUCUAGUUUAGGGAACACAAGAACCGCGUUAUUGACCACGAGAGGUGGUCCGAUCCGGCGUGCAGCGACGAUGCGUGCUCAUAACGGAGCAGCGAGCAUCAGCUCUAAGCAAAGCAGCAAUUCAUCCUCGCCAUGUCCGCACAGAUACUCAGGGCCAGUUCGUAGCCACCAUUCGAGAACCAGCAGCGUUGUUUCACGAAAUAGCUCGCGACACGGAAGGAUCAUCAGGCUGGAGCAAAAAGCCACGAAAGUUCUAGGCGUCGUUUUCUUCACGUUCGUGGUCCUCUGGGCGCCGUUCUUCGUCCUCAAUUUGAUACUAGCCGUGUGUCCCAACUGUGAAAGGCAGAUCAAUCACAAGAUCUUCGAUUUGGCUACUUGGUUGGGCUACGCCAGUUCUAUGGUCAAUCCUAUCUUCUACACGAUCUUCAACAAAGUCUUCCGGCAGGCCUUCAAGAAAGUGUUGCUCUGCAGAUACAGAAACCAAAGCUGGAGGCCAUCCAGGUAGGCCUUUGGCCCCGGGAGACCGGGGAUCGCCGUCACCAUGGUUUAAAGUCGUUAAUAAACGUCGACUUCCGGUAGCAGCGGAAGCGGAGGAACCGUGGUUGGCCGGCCGUGGUUUCUCAGCGAAUUACGAGCCACGGUGAAGCUUUGGUUGUUUCAUGAUCGCGGAUAAACUGAAGAAGAUUUUGUGAAAAUCUGGAUAAUAUAUAUGUGUGUGUACGUGUGUGUGUAUUCGAAGCUUGCGUGAAAGUUUAGAGUCAAAAUGAAACGAGGACUCCAUUGAACUAAAACGAGUGCAAGAGUCGAAGCGAAAAGAAAUUAUCGAGAUCGUUCCUAGUUGCAACAAGUGAUGUUUAGUGAAUUGUGAAGCAUGAUAGAAAGAUGUUUUCGAUAUAAUAUAGUCACGAACCAUGGUCAAGCAGUUAGAUCGUUUGAUUGUGGAGGAAAAAGUGAAGAAGCUUUUGUAAGAGGUUUGAUAAUCUGGGAAAAAUACGAAAUCGAGAAAGGUAGGAAAAUUGAAGCGAGUAGAUCGUUACAAGCUGCAAUGAGUGAUACUUUGCGAAAAAGAAGUUCUUUUUUUUUUUCAAAUAAAAUAAUUACGAAUAACAGUGAUGAUUGAUUCUCAAAGGAAAAGCGAAGAAGCUGUUAUGGAAUCUUAGAUAAUGGAAAAAUGAAAAACACUGAAUCGAAGUGAGAUAUUUGAAAUUCCAGCGAGUGACGUUCAGUAAAGUUGUAAAGAACGAUACAAAGGAUACUCUUUCUUCCUUUUGUCAAUAAAAUAAUUCGAGAAGCUUACGUAGAUCGGAUAACGCGAAGACAGGUGUACUUGAAACGAAGAGUUUCCAACGAAACUCCUAAGUGAACUACGAACUGCAAUAAACGUUCCUUCCUUCUGUAGGCAGAGCUUCCGCGAGAUCGGAAAUCGGAACACGCGAGACGAGCAAUUUAGAUUAAGGACUUUAACGAUAAUCGACUUGUUAAGGCACAGUUUCGACGAUUAAGGUUCCCAAUGCGAGCCGAACACUUCAUCUUCCAAAAGCGGUUCGACGAGCUUUCGCGAUAUCGAUAAACGAAACUACGAUACUUGACCGAACUAGGAUUAAAAGAAGCGAGACGAGAGGCUAGUAGAAGAGCUGCCCUAUAUGCGCGACAUAAAUCGAGCUCAAAUCUUCCGCCUGACAUUCAUCUGUGUGUCGUAAUUAAAUGACGGCGAUGAUUCGAAAAAUUGUCGCACCACUUCCACCCGUUCAUCCCCCUACAUCUUUACACGUUCCGUGCGAUUCUUUACACUGUGGACGUUUAUGCAAAUGAAUAUUUUUCUAAACGUCAUCAACGAUACGGAACUCAAGUAGACGUUUCUUUUAUCCGUUUGUUUCAUAACGAGUGCUAACUAUAUUUUGGAUAUUUUAUAUAGGAUAUAUUUUUGCAUUUUACGUGUAUUCUGUCAGUUUCCACGUUCUUCAACGUUUCGUGC